UACAAAAUUGUGAUCGAGUUGAUUUCCUAAUUAAUAACAUCUCGAAAAAUAAGGUAACAACGUGAUGUUCCUUGCAGUAUGAUGGGUGACAAAAGUUGGCUUUUUACCGUGGCGGCGGCGAUCAUAUGUACUGCCGCCACAGUAAGAGGAGCUUAUAAUCCAACGCCGGGGGCGCCUACCUCCUCGUCGCCGAUGCAAGAAAAACACGAGAAAUGGAUGAAAGUUUACGGGCGAUCGUACAACGACGAUGCAGAGAGAGCCAAGCGGUUCUACAUAUUCAAGGAAAACGUAGAAUAUAUUGAGGCUUUUAACAAGGGGUAUGGGAAGAAGCGGAGUUACAAGCUUGGGGUCAACCAGUUUGCUGAUCUGACUAAGGAGGAAUUCUUAGCCCGCAAAACUGGGUUCCAAGGAAUUCCUCGAUCUUGUUGGGCGUUUUGUGCGGUGGCGGCGGUGGAAGGCAUCCAUCAGAUCUCGACCGGAAAACUACUUUCCCUCUCGGAACAACAACUAGUCGAUUGCGACGUUAGCCGCGCCGAUCAGGGCUGUGCAGGCGGAUUAAUGGACGCGGCUUACAAGUUCAUCGUCAAGAACAAGGGACUCGCCACCGAGGCCGACUACCCAUACACGGGACUCAACGGAACAUGCACCACCGUAGCGGCGGCGGCGAAGAUCAAGGGCUUCGAGGACGUCCCCGCCGACAACGAGACGGCCCUGCUUCACGCGGCGGCGCACCAGCCGGUGUCUGUCGCGGUCGAAGCCUCCGGAAAAGCAUUCCAGUUCUACCACAGCGGCGUGUUCACCGGCUACUGCGGGACCCAGCUCGACCAUGCGGUCACUAUCGUCGGGUACGGGAAGACGAAGCAAGGGAUGAAAUAUUGGUUGGUGAAAAACUCGUGGGGGAAGCUGUGGGGGGAGAAGGGUUUCAUGAGGAUGAAAAGAGGCAUUCGUGACAAGAAGGGACUUUGUGGCCUCGCCAUGAUGGCUUCCUAUCCAACCCUUUGAUUAUUUUGAUUUUGCAUGCAUGUAUAAUAAGGUGUCUAUCUCUAAAAUGUGUCUCUACUAAGACUAUAUGAUUUUGUAAUCUAUAUAUCUAUCUAUCUGGUGGGAUAAAAAGUGGUCCUUAUUGAAUAAAUGCCCUUGUUCAUA